ACACAAGAUUUUUGAUUUGACCAGUGAUUUUUCAUUGAAAAUUUAUUUUUGAAUUGGAUUACAUUCAUUCUUAAACUAAUGAAAGUGUUCUGUUAAAAUAAAAUGCUUAAACGUGUGUGUAUCAGCGGCGGAAUUACUUCUUAGGCUGUGUAACAUACCGUCUUUGAAUUAUAUUAGUCGAACGUGCCAAUUGGUUGAAACGAUAAUUUAAUAUAUCUAACUGGGACACGUUCAACAAAAAACAGCCCAAAAAUGCACAUCGACAGAAGUAAAUUAGUCGGGGUCAUCGACGAAGGAACAAACUCGGCCCAGUUUAUCAUCUACAAAAUACCUGAAUUUGAAGAGGUAGCAUCACAUCAAAUGGACAUCAAAGUUAUAACACCUAAGGACGGAUGGGUGGAACAAGAUCCUUUAGAGAUUCUAGAAACUGUUCGUCAAUGUGCCAAGAUAGCUUGUGAAAAAUUGACCGCCUUAGAUUACCACAUAAAGGACAUGGUUUGCAUAGGAAUCACCAAUCAGCGAGAAACAACUGUUGUGUGGGAUAAAAUUACCGGAAAACCAUUGUACCAUGCAAUUGGAUGGAAUGAUAUCAGAACUGACGAAACGGUGGAUAAAAUUCUAGCUAAGCUCCCCGACCAAAACAAAAAUUAUUUUAAGUCAAUAUCAGGUCUCACUAUUUCGCCUUAUUUCUCGGCCUUAAAACUUCGGUGGUUAAGCGACAAUAUUCCAAGUGUGAAAAAAGCAAUCAGGGAUCGACGAUGUUUGUUUGGGACCAUAGAUUCAUGGUUAAUUUGGAACCUAACUGGUGGUCCAAAGGGAGGUCUACACGUAACUGACGUAACAAACGCCAGCCGAACACUAUUAAUGAACAUUGAGACGUUAAACUGGGAUCCAUUACUCACUAAAACGUUUUCAGUAAGUCCGACCAUUCUUCCAGAAAUCCGGAGCUCAGCGGACAUCAUAGGUCCAGUAAAUGACGGAUGCAUCUUAAAUGGUAUACCGAUUAGUGGGGUUCUGGGAAAUCAACAAUCCUCACUGAUUGGACAGUGUUGCCUUAAGCCUGGUCAGACCAAAAAUACUUAUCGAAGUGGUUGCUUCUUACUCUGUAACACUGGUGAACAAAAAGUGUUGUCAACGCAUGGUUUAGUGACAACGGUAGCAUAUAAGUUAGGAAAAGAUAAGCCAGCGGUGUAUGCAUUAGAAGGAUCAGUAGCAGUUGCUGGAUCAGCGUUAAAGUGGUUGCAGAAUAAUUUGAAAAUUUUGAAAAAUAUUGACGACUCAGAGCAAUUAGCUGGGAGUGUAUUUUCUACAGGUGAUGUAUAUUUCGUGCCUUCGUUUACUGGCUUGUAUGCUCCAUAUUGGAGAAAGGACGCUAGAGGAAUUAUUUGUGGUUUGACUGGAUUCACGAACAAAAAUCAUCUGAUUCGUGCUGCACUCGAGGCUAUUUGCUUCCAGACCCGUGAUAUUCUCGAAGCUAUGAACCAGGAUUGCGGAUUCGUAUUGAAUAAACUCAACGUCGACGGAAAAUUGAGCGGAAACAAUUUGUUGAUGCAAUUACAAUCGGAUUUGUGCGGCAUUCCUGUUUUUCGGGCACAGCAUAGAGACACAACUGCAUUAGGUGUAGCAAUGGUAGCUGCCCAGGCCGAUGGAAUCAACGCUUUUGUGUUAAAACCGGACACUAGACUGCCGAAUCACCUCCAAGAUACGUACCUUCCAACAACCACCGAUACUGAACGCAAUUUACGAUAUACCAAAUGGAAGAUGGCCGUCCAGAGGAGUCUCGGUUGGGCUGUAACGAAAAAGAGCGAAGCGAUGACCGACGAACGUUUCCGAUUGUUAGCUUCGAUUCCAUGUAGUCUGUUUAUCUUUUCGACAUUUUUGAUGCUAGUUCAUUCAAGGCGACAUAUUUCUUGAUCAACAACCGCGGCGGAUUGAUUUUUGAUUAGUUUUAUUAAUUGGAUUUUUUUAUAGUUCAUCGUUAAGUUAGCUAGGAAUUUUAGGAAUAAUAAUUACAAAUGUUUUCAUCUUCUUUUUUAAAGUUUAUGUUUACUGCAAAGAAUCGGAAGUGUUCAUUUUUAUUGCAUUAUUAUGUUACUAUUAUAUACAAACUGUCUCUAAAAGUUUACUAUUAGUUGAUAUGAUUGUAUUAAGUUUGAAUUUAUAAGUUACAAUUUUCCUGUAAAUUUUAAAUAAAAUUUCGAAAUAUUAUUUCAAUAAAAUAAUUUAUAUUAAA